AUGGCUGCCAAAACGCUGGAGGAGCAGUUCCGGGCUGAACAAGCAGUGGUCCUGAGCCUCCAGUCUGAGCAGAAGGCGGAGCACUGUGUGGCGGUUGAGAUUCUUCGACCCUUCGAGACGCCCGGCGGCCGACUUCUUCGGAUCAGGAUAGAGAAGCGCUCCCGUGGACAUUUUGGCCUGCAGUCUGAGUCCGGCCCCAAAGCCGCAGUGAAGCCCAGAGCCAUGGAGAAGCGCAAGCGCUGGACGCAUGCGAAGGGGGGCACCUCGGAUGUGCCGGUGCAAGAAGGUUCACCUGGGCGAGGCCGAGGCAGCCGUGGCUCGCUGAACCUUGCCGCUGCGUACAGCGCCGGUGCCACCACUGCGUUUCUGCAGCGGUACCAUGCGGACCUGGAAAGGCUUGCUGCCCGACCGGACUUGCCUGUGGAGGCCCGCUGGUUCGACUCGCACUGCCACCUGGAGAGCAUCUUGCAGCGCACGUGGCGGGGCGGCGGCAAGCCCCAAGUCUUGCAGAACGAGCCCCAGGUCACGCUCCCGGAGCUGGUGACGCUCUGGCCAAAAGGCCUUGAUGGCUGCGUGGCCAAUUUUGUCUUCAGGAAGGAGAGCAAACCAGGCUUCACCCCUGAGUGGGAGUGGAUCGACCAACACCUGUCUCACUUUGAGAAGGGUGGUCCCGUCAGCGACAAGCUGUGGUUCACCAUCGGCCUUCAUCCGCACAAUGCUGCGGGUUGGGACGCGGAUGCGGAGAAGAUCGUCCGGCGCUUUGCUGCCCAUCCGAAGUGUGUAGGCGUUGGUGAAUGUGGGUUGGACCUCUUCAAGCACGACCCGAGCGAGGAGGAGAUCCAGCUGAGAGCCUUUCGGGCGCAGGCGGAGCUUGCCGUGGAGCUGGGCAAGGCGCUCGUCGUCCAUGCACGGCUCGUGACUCGGGAGAACGAGACCCGAUUCCUGAGUGAGCUCAAAAGGGUGAUUCCUCAGCACCACCCGAUUCACAUACACUGCUUCGGCGAUUCCUUGGAGCAUGCGCAGGAGCUGAUCAGCCACUACCCAAGGCUCCGCAUCGGCUUCACGGGUGCUAUCACCUUCUCGGACCCGCCAGGCAAGGGCAAGGGCAAGCGCAAGGGCAACGAAGCCAAGAAGGGCCAGGAGCACUGCCGAGAGCUCAUCCAAGGGCUGCCGCUGGAUCGGCUGCUAAUCGAGACAGACGGCCCUUACAUGUGCCCGGAGCCCUUCCGCGGACAGACGGCCCAUCCCGGUCACGUUCACCGAGUGGCUGAGCCUCAGCAAGAUUCCACUCGUGACGCACUUUCUUCAACGCUGCGCUGGUUCUUCCUUCAAGUGCAGUGCUGGUAUCUGGGCCGUCGUAAACAUUCAUGA